GUGCGCUUCUGUGUUGUUCCCAGGCUGACGUCUUGUUUCUGAGUAAAGCUGAGAUCUUAGCCCUGGUGAAGUAAGAGAUGUGUCAAGCCUGGACUCUGUCCCCCCCUUGCCUGGCAUGAGGCAGGGUUAGGUACCUCAUUCACUGUGGCUUCACCUGUCAUCCUUCCUAAACUUGACACCCAACACUGUUCUCUCCCAGCUGGCCCCCUUUUAGGAGGAUGUCAGUCUGCUACCGUCCGCCUGGGAAUGAGACGCUGCUGAGCUGGAAGGCCUCGCGAGCCACCGGCACCGCCUUCCUACUGCUGGCGGCAUUGCUGGGACUGCCGGGCAACGGCUUCGUAGUGUGGAGUUUGGCGGGGUGGCGACCCACCGCGGGGCGGCCGCUGGCGGCCACACUUGUGCUGCACUUGGCGCUGGCCGACGGCGCGGUCCUUCUGCUCACCCCACUCUUUGUGGCCUUCCUGAGCGGGCAGGCCUGGCCCCUAGGCCAGGUGGGCUGUAAGGCAGUGUACUACGUGUGCGCACUCAGCAUGUACGCCAGCGUGCUGCUCACCGGACUGCUCAGCCUGCAGCGCUGCCUAGCUGUCACUCGGCCCUUUCUGGCUCCCCGACUACGUAGCCCGGCUCUAGCCCGCCGCCUGUUGCUGGGGGUCUGGCUGGCCGCCCUGGUGCUCGCUGUUCCGGCCGCCGUCUACCGCCACCUCUGGGGCGAUCGCGUGUGUCAACUGUGCCACCCAUCGGCCGUGCACGCCGCUGCUCAUCUGAGCCUGGAGACCCUGACUGCUUUCGUCCUGCCUUUUGGAACAGUACUCAGCUGCUAUGGCGUGACGCUGGCACGUUUGCGGGGCGCGCGCUGGGGCUCUGGGCGACACGGCACACGAGUGGGUCGUCUGGUGAGCGCCAUCGUGCUGGCCUUUGCCUUGCUCUGGACCCCCUACCAUGCGGUCAAUCUCUUGCAGGCAGUGGCUGCGCUCGCUCCACCGGAAGGGCUCCUGGCCAGGCUUGGCGGGGCGGGCCAGGCGGCGCGCGCUGGAACUACAGCCUUGGCAUUUUUCAGUUCCAGCGUCAACCCGAUGCUCUACGUUUUCACUGCGGGGGAUCUGCUGCCCCGGGCGGGGCCCCGGUUCCUCACUCGGCUCUUUGAGGGUUCUGGAGACACCAGAGGAGGCAGCCGCUCUAGGGAGGGUACCAUGGAGCUCCGAACUACACCGAGGCUGAAAGUAAUGGGGCAGGGCAGGGGCAAUGGAGACCCUGGAGGCGGAGGCAGGAUGGAGAAGGAUAGUCAGGAAUGGUAGCCAAGACCUCAAACUUGGGACUUCCCUACCGCUUUCCAUUGUUCUUGGAGCUCUAGGGUAGUUGGGGGAUCCUUCUCUGAUUGCAGUUUGAGUUUGGCUGGACAGGUUUACUCUAUAGGCCCAGAUUACUCCAAAUCAUGGGAUUGUAUGGGUGACUAUGGCCUAUGUUCAAAACUGGUGCUUGCAGUACAGCUUGGAUUCAAGUACCAGAAAUGCUUACCUAUUGCCAGCAGCUAUUCUUGUGAAAUAGACUGGGAAGUCAUUAACUAAUGGCUUAAAUGUGCUCCUGAUAGUGGUUAAUCAUGCCUGUGUUGUACUGAAGCCACCUGGCUCUCUACUGGGAAAGGCCAGGACUAGACAGUGCCAGUCUUCAGCCGCUUUCUGUCCUGCCUCCCCAUCCAGGGUACCAGGCCUGUCUCUAGAAGCACUGUGGAGUCUGGAUAGGGAUGCAUAAAAUCUAUCCUUAGAGGCAUGGAGGAGGAGGAAACUGGCCUGCCAGGGGGAAGUAAAUCUGUGCAGCAUAAAAGGGAAGGGUUCUGCUUGUCUUACGGUCAGCGCAGGGAGAAGGAGGCACACGGCUGAAUGGUAGUGCAGGAGCCUGGGACUGAAAGACUGAACUUUUCCCUCUAUCCCUCUGCUCACCCCACACCCCUCCAGAAGCCACCAGGCCUGUGGGGAGCCUCGGGAGCCAGCACACUUUACAAGAGGAAGCUUGGGGGUUGAGGAGGAGGUAUGGCGAAUGGCUGGGAUAUCUGGAAAACUGAAAGAAGCAUUCGGGAAGGUGGCGCCUUUCCUUCCUCCGUCUUUUCUCUCUGCUGCCUUCCCUCUUCCCAGGGUGCUAGCUGUUCCUAGCCUGUCCCUAUUGCUUCCCAGCCUCCACCUCUGGAAUCUCCCUAUUAUCAGAUCUAGAACCUGAAUGACACUUUUGAUUUGGGUGACAGUAGAAUGCAAUUUUUUUUUCUUUAGGGGACAACACGGACACACACAUGACUGGUCCGUCUUGUUGUCUCAGAACAUUCUUACUAGCCCUCGAUUUCUUAUUCCUAGACCCUUCGGUCCCUAGCGAACUGAGGUGGCUGACCUCCCAAGUGGUUACUCUGGGAUCUUCUUCAAUGACUUUUCUCACCCUUCAAGCAGAGG